UACUUUUUGGUCCCGACUAUUUGCUGUAGUUAUGCUGUAUAUAUGCUUAUAACGAACUACGGUUAUAACGAACUAAAAUUAGUAGUCCCUUUGAGUUCGUUAUAACCGUACUUUACUGUAUAUGUGCAUUAAUUUACAAUAAACGCUACAUGGCAUCUCUUUGCUUUCAGUGAGAUACAUGCGAUUUGUUUUGGGUUGGUUCUUCUUUUCCUUAUUUCGAAACAGUUCAUGGAAACAUAAUCGAGUUUGUUUAUAGAUUAGCUGUGAAAAAGUAUUAACAAUUUGAGAAAACAGGCAUGUUCAGCUAUUGAAUAAAAGGAAGGGUAAAAUAAACUAAGAACGAACAAUUGUUCGCCACUACAAAGAGCUAUGUCUUAUUUGCCACAUGGGUCUAGUCUGUUAAGCUAAUGGUCGGUAUCCCCGCUUUGAUAUGGUUGAAGUACGCCCGUGACGUAACAAGUACUCUCACCAAAAAAAGUGAUUUAUUUUGUACGCGUUGACACAUUUUGAUUUUACAACGCAUCGUUUACUACAGCCGUUUAUACGUUCUCUAUAAUAAGGGAGGUAACUCUAAUAAUCUAGCGCACUGUCCACGUCGAGGCUGUCAUGUCGCCAGAAGAUCUGCUGCUGUGUGGGUAGACCUCCCUGGAGCUGCUGUACAGAAUGGACCCAUUCCCCGUGUGUGUGGUUUGCAGAACAGCCUUCAGGUACAGAGGAGCACAACCACACCUGCUUCCCUGUCUACAUGCUGUAUGCCAGGCCUGUCUCAAGUCACCUGAAGUCACAGCUCUGGACUGCUCUAUCUGCUUGAAGAGUCAUGACUUAUGUGACACUGAUAGACAGUUCCCCGUUGAUGAGGUCGUCCUUGCUGAGGUCCUCCACCUGACCUCCAAACACCGACCAGCAGAGUUCCUGUGUACCAAUGAUGAGGAUUGGAACCAAGCUGUGUGUUGGUGUGGGGAGUGUGGGGACUUCCUCUGUGAACGCUGCCAGGUAUCUCACUCAAAGAUAAAAGCAACCAAGAACCACACGGUUCAAUGGAUGUCUGAUAUAUCCCAGACAACCAAAAGAUCACAACCUUUGUGUGAAAAACACAACCAACGAAUGGACAUCUACGACAAUGAUUGUGACUGUUUCAUUUGUCCACGAUGUUUUUACAAUGACCAUUCCAGUCACACAACCAAGAAAGCUGAUGAAUUUCUGGAGAAGGAAGAAGAUAAUCUGAAUGAGUACUUGAGGUCUUUAUCAACAAAACAGGAAGAAAUAGUUCGAUCCUCAGACAAGGUAAAUGAGCAAACUGAGAGUAUUGGAAGGAAAGCUACAUCCCUCCGAGAAACUGUUCAGCACACCUUUGCACAAUUAAAAGCUUUGAUAGAUCAGCGAGAGAAGGAGGUUCUUGUGGAGCUAGAUCAGCUUCUGGACUCCAUGAGGAACAUCAAUGACUGUCGACGUCCAUCCCUGAAGUCAACGGAAACCAGUUGUCUGACAGUCAUUGACUACAUCAACAAGAUUCUCCUCUAUGCCUCACCAUCCGACCUCCACAAACUGAAGAGUUCCAUCGCACAGGCGUUUGAGUCUUGUGUGGGUGUUGACAUUCCCACCGUUCACAAGUAUGAAUCGUCGGUGGCGUUCUCAAAGCAAGAAAUGCAACAUUUGAAAUCAUUAGUUUCAUCAUUCGGAAGUUUCAUGGUUCCUGAUGGCAAUGGUGAAGAGGUUCCUGAGUUUACCCCGGUUUGUUUAGCUCGUCAGAUAAACCUUGAAUCAACCAUAGCCGAACUACAAACACAGAAUACAGAAGCAUCAAAGGAAAUUACAACUCUGAAAUCCAUGGUUUCAAACGGCAAAGUUCUGGUCGAGGAACUCGGGGCAGUUAUGUCCAGGCUGAAAACGGUUGUUAUUCAGUUGGAUCCUGAUGGACAAGAAAAGGACAUGUUCCUUCACGUCAUCAAACCAAGAAGUGGACGGAGAAGCGGCACACGUGUACAUAUUAUUAAAUGUCCAACGAUGAUGUUUGAUUCUGACAGAGUGAACCGAAACAGAACACACAUCAAUGACGAAGGCCUUCUCAUCAACUCCACACAUCCUAAGUUUAGAAGAGAGAAGGCAGUUGACACCAGUGGGAAGAUGUUGAAGACCUACCAUGGUACCAGCAGCACCUCCCCACUGCCCUCUAGCGGCCUGGUGUACUGGGAGGUGGAGGCGGAUGUGAUGCUGGGCAGGCCACUGGGUGAUCGGGAACUUGUGUUGGAGAUGGGCCUGUGUGGUGAGGAGGUCAUGGACAAUUCCUUCUAUGUCGGCAACCAGCUCAAUUCAUCAAGUCUCUUUCUUACAGCUCAUGAGCAUUUGGGCGUGGUUCAGUCUGUUGUCAGUAUCAACACACAUCCUGACACGCAUGAGCAUUUGGGUGUGAUUGAGACUGUUGUCAGUAUCAACACACAUCCUCACACGCGAAUUGACACAGGCAUCGACAAUAAGGCUUGGACGAUGUUCAAGGUACGAUAUGGAAUUCUUGUCAAUGUCGAUGAAAGGAAAGUAACAUACAUUGACAAUGAAUGUCAACGCCGUUUGGGAUAUGGCAGCCUUGGUAAUGUGAAGAAGGGUUCUACAAUAUGGCCACUGUUUGGGGUUUAUGGUAAUGCCAUGAUAGUUGCAUUGAAGUUGGUGUGUGGCCAGAAGGUGCAGAUGAACGAUUGGAAGAAGGAUUUGCUUGUGGAAUAAAAUUCAUUUGAAGGCACACCAAAUUAAACCCCAGAGACAAUGCUCCAAUAAUUUGAAACAUUUGAGAAAAUGUAUGCUGGAAAGUUAUCAAGCAUGUCCAUUGAAUCUGCAUGCCGAUAAUGUAACCAUGUAGCCAAUGGAAAAACGCCAUUGAUAACGUUCUUAGUGUGGGAUUCAAAAUUCAUGCAUGAAUUCUUUAGACUAGUCUUGGUAACAUAUCUGGCUGUUUCCAUUCUCAACAGGAUGUACAGCAGAUUCAAAGGGAAAGGACAUGUCAACAUAUUCUUCUGUUGUACGCCUACGCACUUAAAGCUUGAAAUCUUAUAUCACACACUGAAUAGGGACAAUGUUGGUUUUUCCUUUGUGUACCUGUGGAUUAUAUGUAGGUCCUCACGUUUUAGCUAUCAUAGUGAAAAUGCUUUGGAACCUCAAAUAAAUCUAUUUGCUUAGUGUAUACAGAAAUAUUAUUUAGUAAGUGAGUCAAGAUUGUUUUCGGUUCAUUGAG